ACUGCAAACACCGCGAGCUGUCAAAUUGGAAAAAUUGCUUUUUCGCUUGCAGAGAAGAAUUUUAUUUCCAGAAACUCGUCGCGUUUUGCGAAUGAAAACCUCCGAAAAAGUGUACGGUUUGUAGUGUAACAUUUGUCCCGCUGGCGUGUGCGUGAAUUCGUGCGUGCUAGUUAGUGAAAUUGUGUCAGAAAAGCGGGUUUAAUCCUCUCGGUUUUGUUUUGUUCCAACCGAGAGCAAGUGUUUGUUUUGAUCGAUUUUUCCUGCCCGUGCGGAAUCCGGCCACGGACCAACAAUGAGUAAGAUGACGAAAAACAAGCUUAAUCUAACGCUGCCGCCGGGUUCGGUGGACGUGACCGCAAGCCAGCAAACGACGCCGACGCCCUCGUUCAAAACGCCUUCCGGCACGGAGUACGUCAUCGGGAAGAACAACCUGCUCGGGAAGGCCAAGAACAGCAUCGAUGCGCUGACGGAGACGCUGGAGGAGCUGGAGAUCGACGAGAACGCCCGCAAGCGGAUAAAGGUGUUUUUGAGUCAGAAGGAGAAGAUUGGCGAGCUGAACGAUGACGAUCUGGACAAGCUCGGCGAGUUGGGAUCGGGGAAUGGUGGGGUGGUCAUGAAGGUGCGCCACAUUCCGACGCAGCUGAUAAUGGCCCGCAAGUUGAUCCACCUGGAGGUGAAGCCGGCGAUCAAGAAGCAAAUCAUCCGCGAGCUGAAGGUGCUGCACGACUGUAACUUUCCGCACAUUGUCGGCUUUUACGGGGCGUUUUACAGCGAUGGAGAGAUCAGCAUCUGCAUGGAGUACAUGGACGGGGGCUCGCUGGAUUUGAUCCUGAAGCGCGCUGGUCGCAUUCCGGAGCAGAUCCUGGCGAAGAUAACCUGCGCCGUGCUGAAGGGACUGAGCUAUUUGCGCGAUAAGCACGCCAUCAUGCACCGGGACGUGAAGCCGAGCAACAUUCUGGUCAACAGCAGCGGGGAGAUUAAGAUUUGUGAUUUCGGCGUGUCGGGCCAGCUGAUCGAUUCGAUGGCGAACUCGUUCGUGGGCACGCGCAGCUACAUGUCGCCCGAACGCCUCCAGGGCACCCACUACUCGGUCCAGUCGGACAUCUGGUCCCUCGGUCUGUCCCUCGUCGAGAUGGCCAUCGGCAUGUACCCGAUCCCGCCGCCGGACGCCCGCACCCUCGACCUCAUCUUCCAGGAGCGCCCCGAGGACAACUCGCCCGGCCAGAGCAGCCUGAUCGAGCCCAAGUCGAUGGCCAUCUUCGAGCUGCUCGACUACAUCGUCAACGAGCCACCGCCCAAGCUCGAGCACAACUCGUUCAGCGACCGGUUCAAGGACUUUGUCGACCGGUGCCUCCAGAAGAACCCCGAAGAGCGGGCCGACCUCAAGACGCUAAUUAACCACGACUGGAUCAAAAACAUUGAACAAGAGGACGUGGACAUUGCCGGCUGGGUGUGCAAAACGAUGGACCUGCUGCCGUCGACGCCGAAGCGGAACGCGUCGCCGAACUAAAAAAAAAACCCGCAACCUGCAAAUUUCAACUCAGUCAAGUCAACCUCCUUAUGUGUGUCUCAUCAUCACAGGUACGAACAUUCUCUCUUUCUGUCGUGUCCUCGUCGUUCGGAACCAAGUUAGGGAAACUCUCUAAAAAAUGUCUCCGCGUAGGGUCAAGUUGAGCAGUUCCAAAGGAAUGUCGCACAGUGCGUGAAAGUAUUAGUUUAGUGUGCCGAGUUGGUUCGUUUUUAAACUGUGGAAAAUGUACAUUUCGUUUUAAAGAAAGAAACUGCACGUUCAAGACUCUUAAAUUUUUUCGUCUCCGUUUUCCGUCGAAACGCGGAAUAAGUGGAAAAUUUGUGAACGCAUUCCCCUUCGUUUUAAUGUGAUUAUGAGAUUAAAUGGCAGUUUAUUGCGUAAUAUAGAGAGAGAAAAAAGUUGAUAUUUCAGAAUCAAAACACACAAUUAGUGUACGUACGCGCCCUUUUUGAUGAUUCGUCUUUCUGUCUUUCUGUGCACCAGCAAAAAAAGAAAAGAAAAGUGUCGUAAACUAGAUAGUAGCAUAAGAUGCAGUAUAAAUAUUCACAAACUAUUUUAAAACAUUUAUCGAAA